AUGGCUGAUUCCCGAAGCAGAAAACGGAGAGAAGUCGCGCCCAGUUUUGGAGGACAACCAUCGCCCCCACAUCGAGUGAUUAAAUCAAUUUUUGGCCGAGAAGGCGAGUCAAGAAAACCGGAGAAGCUCUUUACCAAAAAAAAAAGAAAACCGGAGAAGCUAAAAUCAGGGGCAGAAUCGAGCACUGCUGAAUUAUCUGACCUCGUCGAAGAUAAACCAGCGAGGCUGAAUCAAGAUGAAGUGAUCCUGAGUUACGUUACAUCCGAUAGUCUCAUUGGAUUCGUUGGUUCCCUCCGUCGCUGCUUGGAAGCUGACGGAAUUCGCGUUUUCAGAGUUGGCGACCUUUCAUCUAUUCUACCCGAAGAGCUUCGGCGAUUGGUCUCCGGCUCCAACAUCUACAUACCUAUCUUUUCGACAGCCUAUGCUCGUAGCGUUUUUUGCCUUGAGACGCUCGCACUCAUGGUAGAACACACGUCUAGAUCAGGAGGGAAGAAAGUGAUCCUGCCCGUUUUCUACGAUGUGGAACGGUCUGAUGUGCAGCCGGACCAAAAAUCACGCUACAGAGACGCCCUGGACGUGCACAAGCAGGAAUGGGGUGAUGAGAAAGUCAAGCUGUGGGCGAAGGCUCUCGUGGAGGCGGGUAAAGUCAAGGGAUGGGAACUAAGCUCGUAUAAAAGUGAAGAGGAACUUAUCACAGCCAUCGUUGGAGAAAUUUUGUUUAAGUUGAUGAUAGAGCACAAUUAUGUGUCUGAGGAUCUAUCCACUGGUGAUAAUCCCAUGUUAUCUGACAGGACCUCGGAGCUUGAAGUCAGGCAAGAAUCGAAAAUAAUGGAAUUAUUGGAACUGGAAGUAAAAGAUGUACGAAUUGUUGGAAUCCAUGGGAGAGAUGGCAUUGGAAAGACUACCCUCGCCAAGAUUGUAUAUGACCAAAUAUCCCUUCUCUUUGACGCUCGCAGUUUUCUUGCGGAGAUUGAAGUAACAACGCAGCAACCUGGUGGUGUCCAGUAUCUUCAGACCAAGUUGAUAUUUGAUAUUUUGAAAAGAGAGUAUGAGGUUGCUUCUGCUUUCAAAGGAGUACGAUUUUUGAAAGAAAUACUCAGAAAUAUGAAAGUUCUCCUCGUUCUCGAUGAUGUGGAAAGGUUGUCUAUCCUUAAGCAAUUUAUAGGAGCUAAGCUUGAUUGGUUUGGUUCUGGAAGUAGAAUAAUUGUCACCUCAAAAGAAAAAAGCGUUCUUCAAGGCUUUGUAGAUCGAGGGGUGGCUCAUACUUAUGAUGUUAGUCCAAUGGAUGAUAAUCGAGCUUUCAACUUUUUCUGGCAGUAUGCUGCAAUCGGAAAGAGUGAUGAACUACGUUCUUAUGUUAAAAUUGCAAUCGAAAUAGUGAAGGCUGCGAAGGGACUUCCACUACUUCUCAAAAUUUUUGGUUCUUUUUUGCACGAUAAAGGACUAGAAGAGUGGAUUAAAUUCGAAGAUCUCAUACAACAAUUUCAUGAAGAUUACCAGAAGAUUCUGAGCAGAAUUUAUGAAGCAUUAAAUCAAAAGCAAAAGCAGAUGUAUCUCGAUAUUGCACGUUGUACACGGGAUGUGGAUUGUCGGAUUGCCUCGUAUAUGUGGCAUCAUUAUGAUCGUCCUCAUGAUGAAAUCGAGGUCCUUCGUCGUACGUCCCUAAUACAAAUGGAAGAAAAUAAAAUAGGCAUGCACGGCAUGCUAAGGUGCCUUCCUGCCAUAGCCCAGGACACGAACAAGGGGAAAAAGGGAACAGACCACCUUAACACUGAAGAGGCAGGCUUUGAGAUCCUGCGGAACACGACAUUUCUCAGCUUGGGUCGUACCAAUGUUGGUGCACAAUUUGCGGAUGUCUUAUUGAACGUUCGGUGGCUUCAUUGGCAAGGCUGCCCUAGAGAUGCGAUCAGCAUUCAUCUAGAGAAAAAUGAGAACCUAGUUAUUCUCGAUCUUUCGUGGAGUAAGGUUACAGAAUCCUGGGGAGAUGGAGCGCUUGAAAGUCUUGAAUCUUACAGGUUGUGCGGACUUAUUAGUCACCCCAGAUUCUCCUGUUGCCCAAAUUUGGAGAUCCUGAUCCUAGAACGAUGUUCUCGAUUGGUUCAUUUAGAUCCUUCAAUUAAUGAUUUGAAGCUCUUGGUUACCUUGAAUUUGAAGUUCUGCUCCGAACUUAACAUGUUGCCAAUGGAAAUGGAUGGGAUGAAUGCUUUGAGAGAGCUCCUAAUUGAUGGCACAUCCGUACGAGAACUUCCUACGUCGAUAGGCAAAUUGUUUCGACUGGAAAUUAUUAGUGCCACCAAUUGCUUCUCAUUGGUUUGCGUUCCUGGUUCAGUUUGUGAACUUAAAGCUCUUAGAGUGCUAGCCUUGGAUGACGCAAAAUUACUGAACUCCCUGGAUCAGUAG